UGGUCGCACGUAUGUUUUAAUUUUAAAAUGUAAACAAAUGUUUUCGUGAUCGCUACCGAAAUGUCGAAAAUGUAUGUGUAUGUGUGUGUCUGUGCCGUUUUGUUAGUGAACUGUGUUUAUUCGUAUACACAUGAAAAUGAAUAUGUUACCGAUCACCACCAUACACAUUGUACACACGAACACCCGAAGGAGGAUCAAGUAAUACGGGGUGUUCAUAUAGAACCAGCACAUAUAGUAAAAAGAAGAAGUAUAGACCAACCACUAAGAAUAAGUAUAUUUUAUGACCACUCUGUAUAUAGGUUAGAACAAGAAAAAUUUGAAAUGAUAAAUAAUACAAUAUUACCAGAUGCUGUUAAAUUCUGGGAACAAGCUUUAAAAGUGAGGAAAACCGGGGGACCAAUAAAACUAAAUAGAAAAUGCCCAACACGCCAAGUUUUCAUAAGAGGCGGCAGAUCGCACUGCAUAGAUUCCUGCAGUCUGGAGACCAUGUGUGGAGAGGUCAGAGUGCCAGAGGAGCAUUUAAAUCCUUGCUACGUAUGUAAUAACACAGGUCAUGAUUGUCGAAUAUUACGACAAAUUCAACAAGAAGAAAGUACCGAAAACACUACAGAAGGGAACUCUUUAGAUUAUAAUGAGGGAGAUUUUGAAGAACCUCCUGGUGUGGAAGAUACAGAUUUUGUUUUAUACGUAAGUGCGUUAGAAACGGAACGGUGUAGACGAGGUCUGACAGUCGCUUAUGCGUCACAUUGUCAGCAGGAAGCAGCUUUGGAUAGACCAGUAGCCGGUCACGCGAACUUCUGUCCCAGCGAGCUGUCCACCCGCUACAGGGACCUACCGCACGUUCUCUCCACUGUGAAGCACGAAAUGCUCCACGCGCUCGGCUUCAGCGUGUCGCUGUUCGGCUUCUACAGAGAUGAUAAUGGUGAACCCUUAACAGAUAGACGGACGGACACCGGCAACCCACCUUUGGAUGAAGAGUUACAAAUACAUAAAUGGUCGGAUCGUGUUGUCAAGAAUAUAACUCGUAAAAAAUGGAUGAUCAGAGGCGGAUAUAUGGAGAGGAACUUUCAUAUGAUCGUCACACCCAGAGUUGUGAAGGAGGUUCGGGACCAUUUUAACUGUUCUACGUUAGAAGGUGCAGAGUUAGAAGACCAAGGAGGUGAUGGUACUGCUCUAACACAUUGGGAGAAACGAGUUUUUGAGAACGAAGCAAUGACCGGUACGCACACACAGAACUCCGUGUUCAGUCGUAUAACAUUCGCCAUGAUGGAAGACACGGGCUGGUAUAGAGCGGACUAUUCACACGCAGCACCAUUGGACUGGGGCAAGAACUUGGGCUGCGGCUUCGCUGCUGCGUCCUGCAAGCAGUGGCUGAACACGCAAAGGUUAAGACGUAAGAACCCGGCGCCAUUUUGCGAACGCAUAAAGGGGGAGCCGUUGCGAACGGAAUGCUCGCCACGACGAAAUGCUGUAGUACUGUGUAAUUUAGUGAGACACGAUAAUAUACUGCCGAGGCAAUAUCAGCACUUUGAUACACUUCCAAACGUACCGGCAGGGGACGAAGCCCACUAUGGAGGGUCUGUGUCUUUGGCUGACUAUUGCCCAUACUUGCAAGAGUUUACGUGGAAACAUAAAACUGUGCUGUUGAGAGGUAGCCGAUGUUCGUAUGAGGAGAAUACGCCGAAGACUGAUGUUAAUUUCGCAUUGGAAAACUACGGGCCUCAUUCAAAAUGUUUUGACCAUAGCGAGAGAGUUUGGGAACAGAAAUCUUGUCGACAGAUAAGAGAGUGGCAGCACUGGGGCUCCGGGUGCUACAAGUAUAAAUGUGAUGGCGGGAGAUUGCAUGUUGUUGUUGGAAACUACACAUAUACAUGUUAUUUCGCGGGCCAAGUGUUACAAGUACGAAUCAUACAAAAGGGCUGGCUCCACAAGGGCGGGGUUGUUUGCCCUCCGUGCAGAGAACUGUGUGGAAAUGAAUUUUCUGCUCGCAACGAAUAUUGCAAAGGCGGUGAAGAAGCGCCCCCACCCAACUUGUAUCCAAACGACAUGCUAACUUGCAACGCAACUAAAUUCACACAAUCCGCCAUUUUGUUAUUGACGACCAUUUUGUCGUAUCUAAUGCCAAUUUAAUAAAAAAAGAUGACUGAACGUGUCAGAAGUGAAACUUCUUUAGAAAGAUCCAAAGAUACUAAAUGUUAUUUUUGUGUAUUGUGUUUGUAAUGUAAUGGGUCCUUGUUACUCCUAAAUAAAGAAUUUAUUUAUAUAAAAGGUAAAAUAUACCAGUCGUCGCCUCACUCCAUGACGUGACGGUAUUGCCAUGACGACGACCUUGAAAUUUUACGCGUAAAGAAGUUUCACUUCAAAAAAAAAUAAAAGUUUUGCAUGUGUCAAGCAAUAUUGUAAGUAAAAAGGUGUAACUCAAACUCGAACAUUUAUUUAUUCAAUUAGACAUCUUUUAGAAGCACUUUCGAAUCGUCAUUAUUUUUAACAAUUACCAUGUAGAUAGGUUAUUAGCGAUCUGGGCAUGAAUGUGGCUAAAUUAACAUUUUACUUUAGAAAUAAUAAAGAAUAGAACUUUUUUGUCUCUUUUUCGCUCGCGACAGUUGAAUCAUGCCAUCUCACUCGUCUAUUUGUGUGUGCGUUAGUGUGACGUUUGAAGAUCGAAUGUUGUGUUGGUAACCUAACUACACCUUUUUACUUAUAAUAUCAAAUAUAUUGUGAAGAUUUGAAGAAUUGUCCAAAAUAGAAAUUGUUUUUUUUUUUGUUUUUUUUGUCAAGAUUGUACGAACAGUAACUUUAAUUCAUGAACAAAAAUUUAUAUAGAUUUAUAAUCAUUAUUUAUCCUUUUUAGUAAACUCGUAAGUUUGUCAAACUUGUAUGUAGAAUAAUUAUGUAACACUAGCUUUCCGGCAGCGGCUUCGCACGCGUUUUCAAAGAAAAACCCGCAUAGUUCCCGUUCCCGUGGGAUUUCCGUGAUAAAACCUAUCCUAUGUGUUAAUCCAAGUUACCAUCUAUAUGUGUGCUAAAUUUCAUUGUAAUCGGUUCAGUAGUAUUUGCGUGACAGAACAAUAAUUAUUUGAAAUACAACUGGAAUAACUACAAGUUUGACAAACUUGCAUGACAAACAUUUGAUACAAAUUUGCUUGAAGCACCAAUACUUUAAAUAUAGUUUUUUAUUUUUCUGCUAGAAUGAACCUUACUUUUGUGAUUUAAAAUUAGAUAAUGUUACCUUAUAAUAAAAAUUGUAAAUACUCCUUAAAUUGUAUAAAAAUGACAGUGACAGUGACAUUUGGCCACAGAUGAUAAAUUUGAUUUUUCUUGGCCUUACAUUUUGUAAAUAAUGUACUUAUAAAUGUAUUAAAUUUAAAUUUAAAAAAGUCAUUGAGGUAUUAUUACUACGUAUAGAGAGGACACCACGAACAAAAUCUGUGCGACAAGCGCGGCGGCUAGUGAGUCAUGCACUUUAUAGAUAUUCUGUCUCUUAUCACUACAUAGUAUAAAACAAAGUCGCUUUCUCUGUCCCUAUGUCCCCAUGUAUGCUUAAAUCUUUAAAACUACGAAACCGAUUUUG